UGACCACAUGCGCACACCGCAGACUUGCAGCGGGACAAGGACGACGUGCAGGCGGACUGGACAUGUCGCGGGCCGCGGAGAGGAUCCGGCUGACGAUCGGUCACCUUGAUCGGUCACCGGCUGUGGUGGUGUCGGCUGCACCAACUUCCUGUCAAAGCCUCAACUUUCACCCUCACAAACUCAGAUACACGCUGGAUGAAAAGGAGCUGCUGAGCGCAGAGGAGCGACUCUUCUACGAGCAAAAUGGCUUCUUUGUCGUGAAGAAGCUGGUGUCUGCUGAGGACGUGGACUUGUUCCGGAAGGCGUUUGAGCGCAUUUGUCAGCAGGAAGUCAAGGUGCCCGGUCUGGUUGUGAUGAGAGACGUCGCCAUCGCCAAGUCCGAGUUUGUUCCGGAUCAGAGAGCCGUGUCCAAACUCCAGGACUUUCAGGAGGAUCCUGAACUUUUCCGCUACUGCACCUUGCCACAGGUCCUGAAGUAUGUGGAGUGCUUCGUCGGAGCGGACAUCAUGGCCAUGCACACCAUGCUCAUCAACAAACCUCCAGAUGCAGGUAAGAAAACCUCCCGCCACCCCAUGCACCAGGACCUGCACUACUUCCCCUUCAGACCCGCCGACCGCAUUGUCUGCGCCUGGACAGCCUUGGAGCGGGUGAACCGGCAGAACGGCUGCCUGGUGGUCCUGCCAGGAACACACACGGGCACGCUGAAGGAGCACGACUACCCGGACUGGCAGGGUGGUGUGAACAAGAUGUACCACGGAGUGCGGGACUACAACCCUCAACACCAGCGUGUGCACCUGGAGAUGGAGAAGGGCGACACCGUCUUUUUCCACCCGUUGCUCAUCCACGGUUCUGGCAUGAACCAGACCCAAGGCUUUCGGAAGGCCAUCUCUUGCCACUACGCCAGCUCUGACUGCUACUACAUGGACGUGAAGGGAACCACGCAGGAGAACAUCCAGGAUGAAGUGAAGGAGCUGGCGGCCAAGAAAUACCCCAUGACUGACAACAUCUCCUUCCAGGACACCUGGGCCUUCAGGGGCCGCCUGGUGCAGGGAGAGAGACGCUCACUUUAAGGUGGCCUUCAGGGGCCGCCUGGUGCAGGGAGAGAGACACUCACUUUAAGGUGGCCUUCAGGGGCCGCCUGGUGCAGGGAGAGAGACGCUCACUUUAAGGUGGCCUUCAGGGGCCGCCUGGUGCAGGGAGAGAGACGCUCACUUUAAGGUGGCCUUCAGGGGCCGCCUGGUGCAGGGAGAGAGACGCUCACUUUAAGGUGGCCUUCAGGGGCCGCCUGGUGCAGGGAGAGAGACGCUCACUUUAAGGUGGCCUUCAGAGGACCGAGUCAGCUGCUAACUCUGCAGCAUCGGUCCAUACAGCCGCUGUACAGGAAACUGUGUUUACAUACAUACAUACAUGUGUAGACAUGCAUCACCCUCUCACUCACUCUCUCUCACACACACACACACACACACACACAAACACACACACACACACACACACACACACACACACACACACACACACACACACACACAACACACAAUUGGUUCUUUAAGGGGGUUUAUAAACCGAAAAGUUUGUAUAGUAAAGCAAAUUUCUACAAAAGAAACAAAGUAAAUAUGAAAAAUGAGUUCCAGCCUGGACAAAAGUCCAUAUUUGAGUGAAGUUUUGAACACUUAACAUACAAUAUAAAGUGCCAUACUGUACUGUAUAUAAACAAACUGAACAAAAAGGUAAUGGAUCCACUUUUUCCUUUAUUAACAAGUCAAAACAAGGACAGCAACCUGAACAGUUCUAUGUACGCGCUGCUCUGCCAACACACAAGUGCCUUUGGUGCCCUCACAAAAGAUCAGAAAUCACAAUACCUUCAACUUUAACAAGCAUAUUGCUCAAAUAGCAAACAUUAGGAGAAUCACUUGCAUUAACAUCAGCAAAGGGGGAGUAGUCAGAUGGGGGGGGGGGGUGUAGGGAGCGAGGGAAGGUGCUGUGUGUGCUUUUGGAAGAGGCGCCGCUGAACAAGAGGUAGCUCUUCUCCUUUACUGGCAUAUAUUCCCAGAAAAGUCUGGUCUCAUCACAAUGAAAACUUGCCUGCCUGGUGGAUUCAUCCAUACUUGUGAGCACCACUAAAUAGUCUUUUAACUCCACAGCCAUUCCAGUCUUCUUUCCACGCUGCUCUGUUGUCUUUUUGGGACUCAUACGGAGAUGGCAAAAUGGACAAAACUUGUUGAAAAAAAAGAAACAUUAAGAAGUGACUAGGAGGACUGCAAAAAUGCUGUGCCCUGCUUUUUGCCUGCAGGCGUUUCACCAAUCAAAUGCAGUCACUGGUGACGUUGGACCAAUCAAACAGAGCAAGGCGGUCACAUGACCUGACUUAAACAAGUGUAAAAACUUAUUGGGGUGUUACCAUUUAGUGGUCAAUUAUACGGAAUAUGUACUGUACUGUGCAAUCUACUAAUAAAAGAAUCAAUCAAUCAAUCAAAAGUGUGAAGGAAAAAAAGACUUUUAUUUUAACUGUACCUCCCGUCAAAAGCCUAAAGACUGACCGCACAGUUCCUGUCUUCACAAUAAAAGUGCUGCGCCAUCGCGCCUGCGCUAACAAAAUAAGAGUCUCCGAAAGCCAGCGCAAACAAGCUAGCAAGCUACGGAGUUUGCCGCCAAUGUAUUUCUUGUAAAGUGUAUAAAAAGUAGUAUGGAAGCUGGACAAAUAAGAUGGCAAAAAACAACCACUUUCAUGUGGUAUUAGACAAAGGAUGAACUUUUUUUCUCCAUUUGAAAACGUGGACGUUAUCAUCACUGCUGUCGGAUUCCUAUCAAUGCAGGUCAUCACAAUCAGGUCAUACACCAACUUAUAUUCUUGUCUUCAUGAAAGAAAGGAAUCUAUAUGUGUUAAACAUGCAUGUAUAUUCAUUAAAACACCUUUAACUUGUCAACAAAAACAGCAAAAUAAA